AUGGUGAAGAUAUUCGUUGGGAACCUAAAUCCAGAAUCCAAAGCUUCUGAUCUCCGCAAAAAAUUUGAAGCCUUUGGGAAGGUUACGGAAUGUGAUGUUGUUAAUAAUUAUGGCUUCGUGCAUAUGGAAAAAGAGUCUGAGGCUGAAGCUGCAAUAGAAGGACUUCAAAAUGCCAUUCUUGAUGGGGUGAAAAUUAAUGUUGAACGCAGCCACGGGAAACGAAGUGGUGGUCCCGGGCCUACUAGACGUAGAAAUGAAGGGCGUUAUCGGGAUUAUCCACCGGAAAGGGGACCACGUGCGCCACCACGUUACAUGAAUUCCGGCCCACCUCCCCCGCGAAUGGGACGUUAUGGUCCGGCUUGGGAUGAUGGGUAUGGAGGGCCCUACGGACCACCACCACGUAACAGCUCUAGAGGUUACGAUUAUCCCCCAAACGGUGCCAAUGGAAGGUAUCCGCCAAUUGACCGUGGAGAACAACACAGACCACUCCCACGUGGUCCAGCCCGUGACCCACUGCCGCUACCACCUAAUGUGGGAUAUCGUGGGCCUCCAGUCCCUGAGCCUAUACCAUCGUCUCGAGAUUAUCCUCCAAAACCUCCCCCAAUCAGACAAAGUUACGAUGUGUACGGUGAAUUUGACCGGUACCGGGAGCCAAUAACACCAUCAGGUCCUCCACGUGCGAACGAUUAUUAUGAUACAUACGGCAGCUAUAGCAGCGGAAACUACGAAGACUAUAGAGAUAACGAUAGAUCAAUGUCUAAUUACGAUUCGGGAUACGAUUACAGUUACUAUGACUAUGGGAUGGAUAGCAGAUCACCGGUCCCACCAAGAUCAGGGUACAGCUACGGUCGCCCCUAACUAAAAUUGGAUUUUCGCAGCUCAAACAUGUAAUGACAGUAUUCAAUUCAUUUCAAACACAAAGACCCAUCCUGAUUUCACUGUUUAGUUUAGUUUCUGGAAACAGUAAGAAAUAAAGUGACAAAUCCACAAAGCGAAUACAUUUUUUGUUACAUACCAGCAGGUUUUCAAAAUCCAGUAUACAGCCAAUGGGUUUUUCUACGUGCAAUUUUGACCGUAUUGUAUGUACUAAAUGAAAUGUAAAACGGACUCCCCAACCUUUUGAUUUGUGCUAAGACUGUCGAAACACUUAGGAAGUGCUAUGUAGUUGGUGCUUAUUUUUAAAUACAUGGUAUUUUGUUAACAACUGUGAAAGAAAACAAAUAAAAGCUCUUUAGAAUACUUAAAACAUGCAUUGUAUCUUAUAAAUACUGUUGACUUCAAGCACUCUAAC